UUUAAAUGUUGGAAACCUGCAAAGAAGCCAGUUAGAGGAGCAUAUUUCAAGAAAUCUAGGAUGCGUAACAUUCUGGCCCUUCUCUGCGUCUUUCUUAUGGCAGCUCAUCAGAGCACUAGUCUUCUCACAAAGGGAGAAUCCAUCAGAAACACCAUACACAACAUUGUAAACAUUGCUCAGAUAACCCUUGUCCACAUUAAGAAACUAAAGUUGCUGGCUUCACCGAUAGGUGUUCCCCCUCCUUCCAUUGUAGGACUAAGUAAUAUAAGCCAUGAGCUUGGAGUUUUGGAUAUUGAACUGCAGCAGCACCCUUUCCUCAUCCAGAUUCAGGCUGAUGUCUCCAGCUUGGAAGGAAGGGUGCGCUCCCUCGCCUUCUCAAUGGAGUGUCCCCUUAAGCCCAAACCAGCAGUACAGAUGAAUGAGAGUGUGUUCCCAGAAAGCCACCUUUACAUGACAGUGACAAAGGUGCAGCACUACCUAGAGGAACUUCUUCUCAACAAGGGCAAACUCAAGCUCUGCUAACAAAUUUAAGCUUGAUGCAUAUAUAGUAAGCCAGGACUUG